AGUGAGAGGGGAGGUGGGGAGUUGGAAGUUGGGAGGUGGAGUAAUUCUGCAGAAUAUGAGCUGCUGUCCACAGCUUUCUGGAUGUAAAUUGAUGAGGUCAUAGUGUUUUCCAGUUACAGAAAAAAAAAGUUAAGGAAAAAAAGAAAGUCUUCAACUUGUUUUUCAAGAGAGACGAAAACACGGAGGAGCCGAAGAAAUGGAGCAACUCGUGAAACUCCUCCUGUGGCACAUUUUGCUUCAGCAAAGUUCUGUGUGUUCAUAUUCAGUGCCAGCUGAUGCCUCCAACCCAGAGAGCGUGGUGGUGUCCGUGCUGAACAUCAGUGCUGUGCUGGGCUCUCAGGCCGUGCUGCCCUGCAAGAGCCACCGCAUGGUGUGGACCCAGGACCGGCUCAACGACCGGCAGCGCGUCGUGCACUGGGACGUGCACAGCACCUACUACGGGGACAACAAGAUGGAGAGGCUCUGUGACAUGUACUCUGCUGGGGACCAGCGUGUCUACAGCUCCUACAACCGGGGCAGGAUCUUCAUGCCCGAGAACGCCUUUGUAGAGGGCAACUUCUCCCUGGUGAUCAAAGGUGUUGCAGAGAGUGAUGAAGGCAUAUACUCCUGUAAUCUUCACCAUCACUACUGCCACUUGUAUGAAACUGAGAAAAUCCAGCUCACCAUCACCAAGAAAGCCGAGGACGCCGGCGAGUUCUGGGACGGGGAGAAGCCGGUGGUGGUGGCCCUGCAGGGCAGCACGGUGACGCUGCCCUGCGUCAACCGCAACCACAUCUGGACGGAGCGGCACAGCGAGGAGGAGCAGCAGGUCGUGCACUGGGACCGGCAGCCCCCCGGGGUGCCCCACGACCGCGCCGACCGCCUCGUCGACCUGUACGCCUCCGGCGAGCGCCGCUCCUACGGGCCCCUCUUCGUGCGCCGCAAGAUGAACGUCACCGAUGCCGCCUUCGCCCUGGGCGACUUCUCCCUGCGGAUCUCGGAGCUGGAGAGCGCCGACGAGGGCACCUACUCCUGCCACCUGCACCACCACUACUGCGGCCUGCACGAGCGCAGGAUCUACCGCGUGUCCGUGACCGAGCCCGUGACCAGGGAGAGGAAGGUGGUGAACCUCACCACCCACAACGUCGCCCCGGCCGUAGACCCAAACAUUGUCAGGGGCCACAAUGUGAUAAAUGUCAUCAUCCCUGAGAGCAGGAUGCACUUCUUCCAGCAGCUGGGAUACAUCCUGGCAACCCUGCUGCUCUUCAUCGUCCUCCUCAUCAUCGUGGUGCUCGUCACCCGCAAGCGCCGGCAGAGAGGUUAUGAAUAUAACGUGAAGAAAUAUGGAGAGAAGGAUGUGAACCUUAAGGAAUUUACAGUGGACACAACAGAUCUGACCCCACACAAAAGUGAAGACAUCAGGCUGGAUUACAAAAACAACAUCCUGAAGGAGAAGGCUGAGCAAGCCAGAAGCUUCCCAGCAAAGAACAUUGAUUUAGACAAAGAUUUCAGGAAGGAAUAUUGUAAAUGAAGACAUUCCCAAGCUGCUGGCUGGACCAGAAGCUUCAACCAAAGAUAGAUAACAUGGAAGAGAGAUGACUUUUCUUAAUACCAUCUCCCUCCAGUUCCCAUAGAGUUGUUUUUUUUUCCACAUAGACUUGAGGGUGUUUGCAAAUGCUUCUUGAAAGAGUUAGACUGUCUUGUGUGCAUUUAUGGGUUUGGGUUGCCUUUCCUCCUCGUCUCCCCAUCCUCCAUUCCCCUCUUCUUUUCUUGAUAUUAUUGUUGGUUUUAUGCAUCAAUGAUUUUUAUGAGCUGAAUCAGCAGACCUUUUGCUUUGAUGUUAUUGCUUUAAAUAAACCAACCUGCAUCACUGCUCCAGAGCCAUCAUUAUGUAUCAGACAUUUUUCCAUGUAGUGUAUUCAUCAGAAUAAUAAUAAUAGCAGAGCCUGAUCUCCCGUGGGCUGGCAUAAAUCAGUGUCACACAGCACUUUACACGUUCCAGGUGAAGCACAAAGAGCACAGCCCUCCCAAAUGGCAAUAUAAAUACCUCAUUUUGUGAAUGGGGAGAUGUCAGGAUCCUCAUUUUGCAGGGGAAAGGGAGGCAGAUAAAUGACCACGAGUAGAUUGGGUUCAGCUCCAAAGAGCUCUGGAAGCUGAACUCUGUAUUUCUCACUCUGAGCUUGUUUGUUUUCAUUUCAGUGCAGAUCAAAUCAUAUUUGGCAGGAGCAGACACUUGACUGAUGGAGUUGCAGUGCUGUAACACCACUCUCAGUUAGCUCAGAACCAGGAAUGCUUUGGAGGGGGCUGAACUCCUGUGUGGAACCUGGGAUGGGAUUUUCCUGCAGUCCUUGGGUGGACCCAGGCCACGCAGAGCUCGUGUGCACAUCGACCCACAGGUAUGGUUCCAGCACAGGCAGGUUGGAAAUGGGAGCAGCUCCUCAGGAGCAGCCCCUGAGGAACAAGAGCAACAGCACUGAAGAGCCUGUCCGGAAUUUUGGUGGGCCAGGGCCUCAGAAGGGCAGUCCAGGAGUGAGAUUAAUCCAUUCUCACGGAUAUUGGCAUUGUUUUGGUGAGUGGACACCUGAGGUAGUGGGGCUGUGGGCUGAAGGGGAGUUCUACAUAUGAACAGCGUGUCAGGUGGGGAUGCCAGAAAAUCAGGAGUAAUUCGGUGUUGUGAUCCAAGCAGGUUAAAGCACCGUGGAAGCUGGGGAAUAUUAACAGUUCUACGCAGCUCCUCUGACCACCGGGGGUGUUCUGGGGCACCAUUCCCAGACCAGGCACUCCCACGGUCCUUGGGGCACAGAAGGAAAGGUUGUGAGCACGAUGACAGUGAGUUGUGCAAGGGUGAAGGUGGCUGAGGGUUGCCAAGGGUGAAGGUGGCUGAGGGUUGCCAAGGGUGAAGGUGGCUGAGGGUUGCCAACCUACUCUGGAGAGAGUGGCAGAGGGAGGGGUUGUGUGUGGGCUUGGUGACUGGGUGGAACUGGGGGCAGGGUCUCCAGGACCCCUUUCUUUCCGCCCCUGCCAGCUUGGGUGUCUUGUCUGACUGAUGCCAAUGUUCUUAGACAUCUAAAUCCCAUUCCAGGCUCUGUGUCCCUCCUCCCACGAGCACCUGGUGUGUGCCAGGGCUGGGGAGGACUCCCAGCAGGUCACAGGGAUGCUGCACUGGGUGGGAUGGUCCUGAAAAGCUGAGCUCAGCUGCCCAGCUCUGCCAAAAGCGUGGUGGGUGAAGCCUCCUGUGUGCCAGAGGAGCUGUACUGUCUGUUCAGAAGGUUGGACAUCACGACUUCAAUGCACACUUUUUAUAGGGGUAGAAAACGGUCCAUGUGCAUUUUUUUAGAUAUCAAUACUUCUCUCUGUUAGUGGGGUCUAUGUGAAAGAAUAAUUAUAGUGAGGACCCUUAUUUUUAAUGCCUUCAAGUGGUAAAUAUUAAUAAUAGAAUAUAAGUAGAGGUGGAGUUCCUUAUCUUUUAGUUUGCUUAGCCCUUCCACUGCUCUCUGGACACCUUUUGGGAUUUGCAAUUAACUGCCUUUUUCUUCAUUUAAGAAUCACCUCUACAGAAGUGCUCAGGUUGGGCAGACCCACGAGUAGUGGAGAGGAGGCUCUGGGCUUGGUCCCAGGCCCCUUUUUGCCGCCUUCUCCCCAAAACAGCCAGGGAUUCUCAGCCUGCCUUAGGGCUGGGGCUGAUUGAAACCCAGGCUGCAUUCCUGCAGGUGCAGGAGGCCCUGCUGGUUAUUCCAUCAGGGUGGCAGAGUCUCAAGUAAUUGUCAUUAAUGUCUCUCUCCCUCCCUUUCAUGUCUGUGAGUCAAAGGCCGGAGAUUUUCACUUGCCAGUUCCAAUUGCUGAGCACAGCUCACAGAGACACCAGCUCAAAGUGGGGCUCCUCAUAAGCUCCAGAGGCAUUUAAAUACUUCAGUGGACUUCUAGGCUGCAAAAUAGCUUAAGGGGAGAAAAAUUAAUAUGUUCUCUGUAACAAGGGCUAGGAAGAGCUUUAUGAGUUCCUCAUCCUUGCUUUGAUCACUAGUUGGAAUUUGGGUAAUGGUCAGACACGUCAGCAUAACCCUGGGCUGGUCAAGUUGGGAUUGUGGCCCUUUUUCCUUCAGGAGAGGCACAUGCUGAGUGAUUUGCCUGCUGAUCACAGCAGUGGGUUUCAAAAAGCAGCUGCCACAUCCAGUGUGUGUAAUUUAGGGUGUCAAAAUUCUGGCUGAAGGAGACCCAGGCAAGACUGCUGGACAACCAACUGUAUUUUCAAACUGUUGAAAAAAAGAGAAAAGGACAACUGGAACGGUAAACUGAAGAGUUCUGGCUGUUUAUUUCUUAAUGCAGAGGGAUUAUCAAAGGCUGUUUGCCCUUAAAUAGUGGUGAGAAGCCACUCAGGUUUUUCACAGUGCACUUUGCAGUCUGUCACUGGGGGGAAGUUCCAUGUAGCUGAUCUUGCAUGUGAAAAUUAAAAGGUUCAAGUUGCAGGACCACUGCUCUCUGUCCCAGACUCACUGCAGUGCCAGACAGGUUGGUUUUCUCUCUCUCAUCUCAGCCUUUCUUUCCCUAAUCUGGGGCUGUAACUUGCCUCUGGUAGAGAAACACCUUUUUAAAGUGUGUAGCACUUUGGUAAAUGUGCUUUGCCCAAGUUAUUGGAGAUGAUGU